AUGACGGCCGGAACCAGGAUUUUCAUGGGGAACCACAUCUGGCUUGCCAAGCGUGGGGAUGAGCAAUCGGCAGCAGGCAGGCAAGCAGCGCAGCAGGACUCCGGCAGCGAGCGGGCGAACCGGAACAUGCAUGCAUCGGCCAGGGAAGACGACAACGACGACGACGACGAUGACACUAGCGUCGAGUUGAGCCACUAG